CCCUCGUUAUGAGCGUGGUGGAUGUGAGCGUCAGCCUUCACACCUCCAGGAGGAUGAUGGAAACAUGGUGAUGAGGGAUGUCCAGGAGGACCCCCAAGGGAGACACACUCUGUAUACCACCUACCGGAACAAGAGGAGAGUGAGAUGUCAUAGUGAAGGCCGCAUCCGUGUUACUGUGUGGAGAGAUAGAAAACCUCUGCGGAGAGAAAUGAGAGAGAACACACAAGAUGGAACCCCAGGGAGCUGGUUCAAGAUCACAAUUCCUUAUGGGAUAAAUUAUGACAAGAUGUGGCUAAUGAACUCAAUCCAGAACCAAUGCAGUGUCCCUUUCACUCCAGUGGAUUUCCACUAUGUGAAAAACCGGGCUCGGUUCUUUGUCCAGGGUGCUAGCACUGCCUCUGCAUUGAAGGAUGUCAGCUACAAGAUUUGUGAUGAGGAGAAUGAAAAGGUGGCUAUCUUUGUCAAUCCCUCUACUGUUCCCUACUCUGUGCUGAAUAAGUUGGAGCCAAAAGAAAUGGAGCAGCUAAAGCUGACUUUGAACAAACGAUAUAAUGUCUCCCAGCAAGCCCUUGACCUCCAGAAUCUCCGCUUUGACCCAGACUUGGUGGGCCAUGAUAUUGAUAUAAUUCUGAAUCGAAGAAACUGCAUGGCUGCCACCCUGCAGAUCAUCGAAAAGGAUUUCCCUGAGCUGUUGUCCUUGAACUUGAGCAGCAACAAGCUGUACCAUCUGGAUGGCCUGUCUGACAUUAUACAGAUGGCCCCCACAGUCAAGAUUCUGAACCUCUGCAAAAAUGAGCUGAAGUCAGCCUGGGAGUUGAGCAAGAUGAAAGGGCUGGAUCUUGAAGAGCUGUGGUUGCAAGGAAACCCACUGUGUGGCACCUUCCCAGACCACUCCACCUACAUAAGCUCCAUCCUGGAAUUGUUCCCCAAGUUAUUACGCUUGGAUGGACAAGAGUUGCCCUCACCAAUUAUGAUUGACACUGAUGUCCCUUACUUAAUAAAGCCCUGCAAGGAAAGCAGUGAAGGAUCUGAUGAGCUGAAGAGUCUGAUCCUGCAAUUCCUGCAGCAGUAUUACUUGAUCCACGACUCUGGAGACCGACAGGAUCUCCUGGGUGCUUAUCACGACGAGGCCUGCUUCUCCCUGACCAUUCCCUUCAACCCCGAGGACCCAGCCCCGAACAGCUUGCGGGAGUACGUCAAGGACAGCAGGAAUAUGAAGAAGCUCAAGGACCCCUACCUGCGGGUCCAGCUGCUGAAACACACAAAACGUGACAUUGUGCGCUCCCUCUGCCUGUUGCCCAAAACUCAGCAUGACCUCAGCUCCUUCGUGGUGGACAUGUGGCUCCACACGAACACGAUGCUCUGCUUCUCUGUCAACGGGGUGUUCAAGGAAGUGGAAGGAAGGUCUCAGGGUUCUGUUCGUGCCUUCACCCGGACCUUCAUCGCUAUCCCUGCCAGCCCUUCCAGUCUGUGCAUCGUGAAUGACGAGCUGUUUGUGAGGGAUGCCUCCCCCAGUGAGCCUCAGAGUGCGUUCUCCAUCCCAGUGCCUACACUCACCUCCAGCUCCGUGCACACCGGCUCCCGGGAGCAGCAGGAAAUGGUGCAGGCUUUCUCCACCCAGUCUGGGAUGAAACUCGAGUGGGCUCAGAAGUGCCUUCAGGACAAUGACUGGAACUACACCAGAGCUGGUCAGGUCUUCACUACGCUCAAGGCCGAGGGCAAGAUCCCAGAGGAGGCCUUCAAACAAAUCCCCUAAAAGGAGCCCUUGGAUGACGUCUUUG